AUGGGAGCAACCCCAAGCAACACGCGACAAAAGGAGUUCGUUGCGGAGAUCGAGGGAUGGCCAGGGUUUGUAGAAAGGAUGUGCAUGACCUCUUCGGAUGUCUCUGGCAUCGCAACGGCUUUUGUAAAGGCAACCGAAAGCAGCGACGGAAAAUAUUUGCAGCGAGCGGACUUUGAACACUGGCUGGACAUGGGAAGCAAGCCCAAGCCGGUGGAGGAACGCCUUUUCGAAGUGUUCAUCGUCAACUCAGAGGAACAGCAGGUACAUCAAUUCUCGGGGGGAGGGGGGCGUUUUCUUAUGUUUUGCAUGCCUUGGCGAUUAGACCAUUGACCACGCGUCCUCGAGAAGAC